AUGGGUCGGCUCGACCGGAGUGAUACCACGGCCUCACAGAAAACCGGCAGCGGAGUUACCGUUGUCGAUGGUAUCGACUAUGGCGGCGGCGGUGGUGGUGUAGUCCACGUAGUCGAGUCAAUGGACUAUGGCGGCGGAGGUGGAGUCAACAUAGUUAGCGGGAUAGACUACGGCGGCGGCGGCGGAGUUCACGUGGUUGACGGAGUUGACUACGGCGGCGGCGGUGGCGGAGUUCACAUUGUUGACGGAGUUGACUACGGCGGCGGCGGUGGCGGAGUUCAUGUUGUUGACGGAGUUGACUACGGUGGCGGCGGUGGCGGAGUUCAUGUUGUCGAAGGAGUUGAUUACGGCGGAGGGGAAAAUCAUCAAAUGUCUUCUCCCGACGGAGGGAGUGUCAGAUUCUUACUGACUAAAAACCCACUGUUCCUUCUCCUGCUCUGGGCCGAGAUCGCGGUGCCUCAUUGCGCUUACCCCGCAACCCUGGCUGAACAUCGGCUCUAUAGAGCCCCGUCUGUGGUGGUCUAUUGGCUCUUUGAGGCGCGCGCGGAACGCUACGCGCCGUACGCUCGGGUCUGGUUCUGGUCGGGCGGCGAGCUGCCCUUACUCGCCGUCCGCAGACCCGCGCUUACUGUGGCCAGAGAUCGAGAAAAUCAUCAAAUGACUUCUCCCGCCCAGGGUAAAGCGAGAGAGAAUGUCAGACUCUUACUGACUAAAAACCAACUCGUGACAUCCCUACUCCAGGCCAAGGUCGCGAUGCCUUUUUGCGCUUGCCCCGCAACCCCGGCUAAAGAUCAGCCCUAUAAAGCCCCGUCUGUGGUGGUCUUUUGGCUGUUUGAGGCGCCGCCUUGGCCUGGAGCACGGUUUUGGGAAAGGAUGGGCGAAGCAGAGAGUUUUGGCCUCCGUGGUGUCCAAUUUGCUGACAAUAGCGGCGACGUCCAAUUUGCUGACAAUAGCGGCGGGGUCCAAUUUGCUGACAACAGCGGCGACGUCCAAUUUGCUGACAAUAGCGGCGGGGUCCAAUUUGCUGACAACAGCGGCGGGGUCCAAUUUGCUGACAACAGCGGCGACGUCCAAUUUGCUGACAAUAGCGGCGACGUCCAAUUUGCUGACAAUAGCGGCGGGGUCAACAUAGUUGGUUGA